UUGAAGUUAAAUUCGAAUUAUACUUCUCUCAAUCGGGAAAAUGGGAAUAAAGAUAUCGUUGCACAAAUUAAUUCAGGCUAUUUAGUUCAGCUAGAGCUGAAAAAUUGGUAUUGUAGAACUAGAAAAAGCAAAUCGAAUUAUAAAUCGGGAACUUGAAUAAUGCUCAAAACUGUACAAAUUCUUGGUUCUUCAUCUUCUUCAUCCGCCUGUUUUUCCAGAUUAAAGAAACCUUAUUCGAAUUUCAAGUUAAUUUCAAGAAACCCCAUUUUAGCCAAAUCCCCCAAAUCACAUUUUGGCGCUUUUCGAUUUCGAGAAGCUCGCUUUUUCCGAGCCUUUCAAAUGUCGCACGCUCCAGAUGGUGGGCCAUCGCCCCCUUCAACGUCUACCGCACUUCACUCAGCUCAGGGGUUUACGAGGAAGAUCAAUUUCUGUCAAUUGUGCGGUGGCCCAACCAAACAUGAGGUGCCUGAUGGGGAGGAAAAGACGAGAGCUAUCUGCACGCGGUGUGGGAAAAUUGCGUAUGAGAAUCCCAAAAUGGUUGUGGGUUGCCUCAUUGAGCAUGAGAACAAGAUACUGCUAUGUAAACGGAAUAUCCAACCUUCUCAUGGCCUCUGGACGCUUCCUGCUGGUUACAUGGAGAUUGGGGAGUCAGCCUCUGAAGGGGCAAUUAGGGAAACGUGGGAGGAAGCAAAUGCACAAGUCGAGAUCCUGUCACCAUUCGUUCAGCUGGACAUCCCCCUUAUUGGCCAAACUUAUGUAAUAUUCCUGGCGAAGUUGAAGAGACCUCACUUUGCACCGGGUCCAGAGUCAUCGGAAUGCAAGCUUUUCGCGCUUGAGGAUAUUCCAUUCGAUUCUCUGGCAUUUUCCUCCAUGCUGGUCACCUUAAACUUGUAUAAGGAAGAUAAGAAAUCGGGCAGAGCCAAGUUUCACUACGGCAUCAUAAACAAACGGCCCGGAACGAGCCCGUCUGAGAUCCAUGAGUACACUCUGGAUAGCCAUAUGAGAUGUUGAAAACGGCCCACGGUGGAAUGUAGAGUUGAUUGUAGGUACAUAGUUCAUUCAUGUAUAUCUUGUGCACAAAACAAACGAUCUUCCCCUUUGAUGUUUUAUACUCUUCACAAGUCUUUUCUGACUCACUUUGUUCCCCCCAUCAUGUUUUUGAUUGAUUAAUAUCAAUGUAAACUCCUCCAUUUCAAACAAUGCAGUGCAAAUUAAGAUUGCAGAAAUUUAUAACAUGAAAUUUCCAGAGCA